ACCGACCUGCUGCAGCUGCACCUAUGAGUCUCCAUGUAAAUGAAUAGCCGCGGCCCGCGCGAGACAGACGAGCCGAUUAUGCCGAGAUAAGGAGCAUAUGACUCGCCCCUCCGUCCGAUAAUGGCACGCGAUGGUUCAUCCGCGGAGGAUUUCCCGGACAAAGUGAUGCCCAUAGCGGCUCCGUGCACGUGCAGCAAGAAGUGCAGGAGUCGGAGCAGCAGCGUUGUGUUCCUGGGAUUAUUCCUGCUGUCGCUGACCCUUCACGCUGUCACCCUCGUCUGCUAUUUGGACCUUCGGUCCCAGGUCAAAAGGGAAAUUAUUCACCAGAAGCGGGACUCAGUGAUGACACUGGCGGGGAGUGACCUGGCUGACCCGGCGGAGGUGCUCUCGCUCGGCCACCCAGUCCGACUGGACUCCGGCAGCAGCAGCAGCCGCGGAGGAGAGAGUCGUGAGGAGAAGUUACUGUACAGAAAAGCUGACUUCCACGGCACAGAGGAUAACAGGGGCAUAACUCAGCGAGCGAAAAGAAGCCCCGGCAAGGAACCAGAAACAGAAUCAACUGGAAAGGAAAAAAGGAAAGAGAAAAAAAGAGCGAAAAAAAGGCCUGUGCCGGGACCACCUGGCCCUCCUGGUCCCCCAGGUCCACAGGGGCCACCGGGUAUCCCUGGAAUCCCAGGUAUUCCAGGAAGCAAUGUUGUGGGACCUGCAGGGCCUCCAGGACCUCCUGGGCCACAAGGACCGCCAGGCGCUCAAGGUCCAGCAGGGGUUCCUGACAAGGGCAAAACAAAGGAAUUCCAGCCAGCAGUGGUUCACUUGCAGGGGCAGGAAACUACGAUCCAAGUCAGAGAAGAUCUGUCUCAAGGCAUCCUUAAGAAUUGGAAGAUGGUGUCCAUCCAUCACCGCGUGUUUAAAAUGCACUCUCGCACUGGGCAGCUAGAGGUGCUGUUGGACGGUGUCUACUUCAUAUAUAGUCAGGUAGAAGUGAGUACGGUCCUUGACCAUAUAAAUGUUACCUUUUUAAUCCCAUUCCUCCGCUGUACUUGCAGCAUUGAGACGGGCCAGCGCAAGUUCAACACCUGCUACACGGCUGGUGUGAGCCCACUCCGCGCCGGCCAAAAGAUCUAUAUACGCAUAGCUCAUGAGUACACACUCAUCAAUAUGACCAACCACACCACUUUCCUGGGAAGUGUCAGACUUGGAGAGGCUCCAUCUGCUGGACAGAACGGAUAACUGCACAGUCACCAGCGCCCACCCCCAACCCUCCGAUGCGUAACCAAAAAGCAGCAGUCACGUUAGCCCAGAGUCACACUGCCUGUUCGUCCUGCCUGACGUGGGAUUGACACAGUAAUUUAAAAGCCUAUGUUUUGCCUCUGUUUAGAGGGCUGGUAAAAGUUGAGGACGCCCCUUUAGUGACUUUUGUUCACUUCCACAGAUGUCUGUAUUCAAAUGAACCAAAUAAGACAACUUCUGCUGCCCUUUACUUUAAUUCUGCGCAGAGAUGGUUGAACCAAAUGUUCUCAUCAGAGAGAAGUUUCUAUUUGUAGUCGCCAUUUUGUACCGGCAAAGACGGGAUCUCUCUUUAAAGUGAGGAAGGACACUGUGUUGAUGUAUACUAAGUGCUGUUGAAUGAUAAUCUUGUAUCUCCAAAAAACAAAAAACGCUAAAAAUAGCUAAAAUAGCUAUUUGAAAUGUUUUGUUCUGGGGCUUUGUUGGCCUUUUUUAAUUCAUUUGAAUAUAUUAACAUUUUUAAGAAAAUGAAAGAUGAUGCAAAUGUUCAACACAAGUAUAAAAGUAUCUAUGCAAAGUAAAGAAAAUCCACUAAAACUGGAGUUAUAAGGUGUUCACAGAGCAACAGCACUAUAUAUUUUGCGCGCAUUUGCACUACAACAUCCCUGCAGAAUAUCAGUGAUAUGUUUUGUUACAGCGCUAUUGUUUAGUUACCUUAUGAAUGAAUCCAUGUAGAGAAAUGAUAGUUGUUAAUACAUGUCUGUACAUACUGUAUAUAAAAUGGGAUAUACUUUUGUAAAUGGAGUUGAUUGAUGGAUUAAAAUGUUUCAUUUUCUGUCUAAA